AUGGCUAUCCCAAGUGUUGUUGAGUCAACCAGUGCGGGUGUUACUACUAACAUGGUGGAGAACCCGCUGGCUGAGCUCCUUGAAGUCCUCGGUAUUGCUGAACCCUCACUACUACUAUGGUUAUCUGCCGCUGAGUUAGAGACUGCCAUGGAAGGCCAACCUCUUAGUAAGAAGGUCUAUCUACGACGUACCUUCUUCACCUAUAUAGACGCCGAAGGCCGUAACUCUCAAGCUGCAAGCCUCUCUCGAAGGUCAGCAAACACAGUACAUCCACAGCAGGUUACAACUUCUGCUGCCACUGUGCAGGUCUACCCUCAAGGAGUGCCCCAGGCCCCUCUCAUGCAAGGUCAACAACACCCUUGUAACAACGACAUCACCAACGUGGCGUAUUGGUGUGAUCUAUCCCACAACUAUGAUAAGGAGAAGGCGCUUGAUACAACGAAGGCCAUCAAUGCUGUUUCCCAUAUCAAGUGCCCCGACAACAAACAGUACAAGGGAAACUCUGAUAACAGGAGUAUCAACUACUUCCUGAGUCUUAUCCGCUGCGAAGCAAAACAAACAGCGCUGGGCCCUCGAUUAUCGUACAUCUACCUAUCCAAUUGUCUUAGCCAGUCGGUCAAGAGGAACUUACAGAUCCACUUGGAAACUACUAUGGACCCCACUCUCUACUUGAACGACUAUGUUCUGACACUAUCACAAGCACUUGGCUACCUUCAACAUAAGUACUGUCUGUCGAAUUCACAUGCGGAAGUCAUGAGAUACUUCUCUGACGUCAAGAUGGACAAUGGUGACAUCAACAUUUACGAUUACCUCGACCGUAUCGAAUCUGCUGUUGCUAUGUGUGCGAGUGUUGGCCUCCAUCUACAACCCAGUCAAGUCAACCUACACUAUCGUGAAGGCCUCCAUCCCACUCUGAGGAAGACUGCAGACGAGAACUACGCGGCCAUCGAUGAUGUCCAACAGCUUACGCAAGCCCUACGUAGCCAUAUCCGCUGCAAUCCAAAGCUCUACAUCAGCAAUGCUAAUUCAAACAAGGCCCCUCCGGUAUCAACUGCUACUUCUACUAAGGCUCCUAAUCCCAAGCUUCCUAGGGUUGAAGACCCCGAGACUCUCAAACUCUGUCGAGAGCAAGGGAUAUGCUUGGCCUGGACAGCUCGCAGGCAGUGCCGCUAUGCCGAUAAUUGCAAGUACAAGCAUAGUGACGUAGCCCGUUUACUACAACACCAAAAAGAUGACUAUCACCUCCCUCCUGGUUCUGACAUGGUCUUAAGGUCUACUUUCUGUGCCGACAACAACUUCUUCAUCGUUGCUGACACUGGCUGUACAAGAUCUAUUAUAUCUUGGCGACUUGCGACGGCCUUACUACAGCACUAUCCUGACGGCCAACUCAUUCCUUAUGACUCUAUCGAAGGCCAUCAUAUCGCCGCUCUCAAAGGCAAGGCCUCUAAAGAAAACUCGGACGACGCUAUCUCCUACGACGUCGAUUCACUAGGCGACACACCACCUACAUUUCCUAAACCACCCGAAGGCUACCAACUACUCGAGACCAUCUACAACAACGAAUGGUGUACUAUUGGUAUCCUUUCUAAUAAGGAUGGUAACAAAGAGUAUUUCGUUGACUACAGUGACCAACUACUGCGGCUAGCUCUAGACAAUCAGCCGAAACCGGUCCCUUCUACUCACUAUUUCCUCAUCAAAGCUAGUACUGACGAGCGUCAACAAGCAGAACAGCGCAUCGACGCCCUGAUCAAUGAAGGCAAACUACAACUUACUGGUAUUGGUGAUAUCAACAACUACACUACAAAUUGGUAUCCACGUACUGGUCGCAAGCGGGUUAGACCUAUACAGCCUACAAUAAGGACUAAUGACUUGCUCAAAAAGGCCAGCAAGAAGUUCCCAAUCAAGGACUGCCAAUCCAAGAUACCUCGCAUUAUCAACAAGUACAGGUCAUCUGCUACUGCUCAUUCUAUGGAUAUCAAGGAUACCUAUAGAUCUCUACCCCUAAGUGAAGAUGGUAGACGUCAACUGGCUGACGGCGAUUUUCUGUAUAAGUGUGCUGAGUUCUGUCAUUCUCUCAAGCAUACUGGUGCUCCUGAGAUCACUGCUAUUCUCAAGUGCUAUUUCGAUCCGAAGUCAACCACUAUCGACUUCGAUGAAGCAGCUAAAAAGGCCUCAAGAAGCUGCAUCACUUGUGCUCUCGUCAAGACCGACCCUGGCGAUAGACAACCCAAGAACCCCACCUCCAACGAUAUAGUCAUCCCUGAUCGACCAUUUCAAGUAGCCAGUUUGGAUGUACUUGGUCCUUACGUUACGACUACAACAACCAAUGGUUCGACCGGUAAAUUCUACUCCAUCAAUUUGGUCUGUCAGCUCACUAAUCUACUCUUAUGUUACCCUACUAUUAGUGCGCCGACGGCCAUCGAUAUACAACGAGCAGCCAACCUACCCCAUCGGCUCUAUCAUUACCCACUACAGAGAAUUUCGACUGACAACGCUAGUAUCAUCAAGUCAGCUUCAAAAUCUAUGCCCUCUGUUCAAUUCGAUUAUGUACCUGUCUCUGCAUCAUGGUUAAAUGGACAUGUUGAAGCUCGUCAUCGACUACUCAACCAACGACUGCGACGUUCUUUCUUGACAACUGCUUUUGUUGACGAGAAAACUUGGUUUGAAGCUGUCUCUCGUGCGGCUUAUGAGAUCAACUCUAGCUCCAAUCUACUUGCACAUGGACUCUCACCGCUAGACAUGGUUAUUGAUGGUUCGGGUAUUUCUCCUUUCGACACCAGCGAAAGAUGUAAGCUUCCAGAUGACAAAUGGACUAUUUGGAGAAAAUAUAAGCAUGACUGUCGUGAACGUACUCUCAAAGCGAUGGCCAACAAGACUGCUACUGGACCUCCACUACAAGUUGGUGAUAGUGUACUUGUACACACUACGGAACCUCACCCGAAGGCCUCCACACCCUGGAUUCCAAGAAGGAGAGUUAUUGUUGAGAUAGAAGGCAACCGUGCUUUGCUAGAUGAUGGUGUAUGGCGCUCUACUGAUAAGCUCAAGAAGCUAAAUGAUGAAGUGCUACCUCGGUAUGUAUUCAAUGAUACCCCAUCUUUCAUAACAGUAUAA